CGUAACUGCACAUCAUUGAGUCUCUCAACUCCAGCGCACAGAUGAGGAUUCGGGAGGAGGAAAAUUCAUCCGUUUCUUGUGAAUAACCGAACAAAUAACCUUGAAAUUAAGUGGUGGUGAGCUGUGAUUGGCCGAGCUUCCAGCCAGGGCUUACUCAGAUUGUGUCACAAUGAGAUGAUGACCGUGAAUGUCGUACAUCCUCCCGAGCACACGCAUGCACACCACGCCUCACUGCCGUGCACAAAGCAGGAAGUAACAUGAACUGCCAGCGUCAGCUGAAGCAAGAGAGCUUAGCAGAAGCAAAUGUGUCCAACUCUGAUGACAGUCUGAACUUGGACACCACUGACUGACUGAGGUCUAAACUAAGUAAACAAACACAAGCCACAGCUUCCCUUUUUAAGGCAUCCUGCUUAUCCUCAGCCUUUUUAUCAGUUAAAACCCAUUUUAAGUGCCUUUCGCUUUUUUCCUUGUUACGUUCAGCAUCUACGCUCAUUUCUUCUCCAUCUGUGCCGGGUCGUAGUUUUAAGUUUACCUUUCAGACUGCAUUGCACCCUUCUUUGUUGUUGGACCUCAUCUGUAACUGCAGGAUGUUCUAGAUAGUCUUAUCAACAGAUUUUGUGUCCAACAUGCCUUCCUACUGGAGAAACUCUUCGACCUAUCAUCAUCAGGGAUGAAACCUCCGUAGAUUAGAAACACAGUAAAAUUACUUUUUUUUUUUUUUUUUUUUAAUUUAUAUUUUCACUCCAAUAUUUGACUCCUGCCCUCACCAUGUUCUCCUUUCACUCCAAAUGGCGAUAUUUGGUUAUGCUGCUGGGCAUCCAGCUCGUAGUCAUGGCUCUCCUGUCCAGGGAUGGCUACCACAAGAGGGUAACCUACUUUUUCCGGAUUUUCCGGAAGAUAGACGUCAUUUCUGGGUCGGCUGCUGGCCACGGGCAGAAUCACACGGGUGCGGAUGUGUAUGCUAACUUGUCCUACCUGGUCAACGUCCACAGCAAGGACGACAUACCCUACUGCCCAAAAAAAUCGCGACUAAUAGGUGGACCAAUCCAUGUUAGCUUCCGCUCUGGACUCACACUUGCACAGAUCGAGCGGAAGAAUCCACUGGUGGUCCGCGGUGGGCGCUACAGGCCGCCGGAUUGUGAGGCACGUCACCGCACCGCCAUAAUCAUCCCCCACAGGAACAGAGAAAACCACCUAAAGUUCCUCCUCUACUACCUGCACCCUUUUCUACAGCGGCAGCAGCUGAACUACGGCAUCUACGUCAUACAUCAGGCGGGUAACUACACGUUUAACCGCGCCAAGCUGAUGAACGUGGGUUUUCGGGAGGCCAUGCGGGAGGAGGACUGGGACUGCCUGUUCUUCCAUGAUGUCGACCUGAUUCCCGAGGAUGAUCGGAACACCUACACCUGUGACCAAAACCCCAAACAUGCCGCCAUCGCCAUGGACAAGUUUGGAUACAAGCUGCCCUAUAAGAUGUAUUUUGGAGGCGUUUCGGCACUGACCCCUCUGCAUUACCUCAAGAUGAACGGAUUCCCCAACAACUACUGGGGCUGGGGGGGUGAGGACGAUGACAUCGGGAUCCGGGUCUCUUUGGCAGGAAUGACGAUCACUCGUCCAUCUCUGAAGGUCGGCCGUUACAAGAUGAUCAAACAUAAGCAUGAUCAGGGCAACGAAGUCAACCCCAAAAGAUUUAACAUGCUGGCGAAAACGAGGCAGACAUGGAAGUUGGAUGGGAUGAACUCGGUGGACUACGAGGUGGUCUCUCGGGAGUAUCUUCCCCUGUACACAAACAUCACAGUCAACAUCGGCACUGAGGCAGGACUGCACCCCCCCACGAAGAAACCAGAGAAACAACAGAAACAACAGAAACAGCAGAAUCUGCCAACAGACAACUUGGAGGACCCUGAGGAGGAGCUGACAGACUUUCAGUCCCAGCACUGACACAUGAUGCCUGCAUCAAAACCCCCAACUGGGGGGCCUGACUACACCCACCCUCUUAUACACAUUUACACAUGGAGACAACUGGGGGGGUCCUUUAACCAGUUUUGAAUACUGGUGCCAUACAUGGGCGCUCUCUCUCUCUCUCUCUCUCUCUCUCUCUCUCUCUCUCUCUCUC